AUGGGGGAAUGGACCAUACUAGAGAGGCUCCUGGAGGCUGCUGUCCAGCAGCACUCUACUAUGAUAGGAAGGAUCCUACUAACUGUGGUGGUGAUCUUCCGGAUUCUAAUCGUAGCAAUAGUUGGAGAGACAGUCUAUGAUGACGAGCAAACCAUGUUUGUUUGUAAUACCUUACAACCGGGCUGCAACCAGGCUUGCUACGACAAGGCAUUCCCAAUUUCACACAUUAGAUUUUGGGUUUUCCAGAUCAUAAUGGUUUGCACCCCGAGUCUUUGUUUUAUCACAUACUCGGUGCAUCAGUCGGCGAAACAAAAGGAGCGACGGUACUCCACCGUCUUUCUGACCCUGGAUAAGGAUCAAGAUUCAAUGAAACGAGACGACAGCAAAAAGAUUAAAAACACCAUUGUGAAUGGAGUACUUCAGAACACAGAGAACUCCACCAAAGAAGCCGAGCCCGACUGUUUGGAAGUCAAAGAUAUCCCCAAUUCCGCCAUGAGAACUACUGGGAAGUCUAAAAAGAGUCGGCAAGAGGGUAUCUCGAGAUUUUACAUAAUUCAAGUGGUUUUCAGAAACGCGCUGGAAAUAGGGUUUUUAGUGGGUCAAUAUUUCUUGUACGGAUUCAAUGUCCCAUCGGUGUACGAGUGUGAUCGUUACCCCUGCAUAAAAGAUGUAGAGUGUUAUGUUUCCAGACCAACAGAGAAGACCGUGUUUCUAGUCUUCAUGUUCGCGGUCAGUGGCUUUUGUGUGUUGCUGAAUCUGGCAGAACUCAAUCAUUUGGGGUGGAAGAAAAUCAAAACGGCGGUGCGAGGAGUUCAGGCGAGGCGGAAGUCCAUUUAUGAAAUCAGAAAUAAGGACUUGCCUAGAAUGAGUGUGCCUAAUUUCGGUCGCACUCAAUCCAGUGACUCUGCUUAUGUGUAG